AUGGCUUCCUCUACAAUGAAAGCAGUGAACUACCAAGGACCUUACAAGGUCAAGGUUUCCGACGUCGCUCUGCCUAAAAUCCUACACCCGGACGAUGUCAUCGUUAAAGUCACCACAGCUGCUAUCUGCGGUUCAGACUUGCAUAUGUAUGAGGGAAGAACUGCUGCGGAAGCCGGCAUCACUUUUGGUCACGAGAACAUGGGUAUUGUGGAGGAACUCGGCAAUGGUGUCACUUUGUUGAAGAAGGGCGAUCGGGUCGUCAUGCCUUUCAACGUCGCCGAUGGCCGCUGUCAAAACUGUGAAGAGGGACGCACUGCUUUCUGCACUGGUGUCAACCCCGGCUUUGCUGGUGGUGCCUACGGAUAUGUUGCGAUGGGACCGUACCCUGGAGGACAAGCUCAGUACUUGAGAGUACCUUAUGCCGAUUUCAAUGCCCUGAAGCUUCCACCUGGGAAAGAAUUUGAAGCCGACUUCAUUCUUCUAGCGGACAUCUUCCCUACCGGCUGGCACGGUGUUGAGCUCUCUGGAUUCAAGCCCGGUGAAAGUGUUGCCGUAUUUGGCGCUGGCCCUGUCGGUCUAAUGGCUGCAUAUUCUGCCGUCCUAAGGGGAGCCUCUCGUGUCUACGUUGUUGACCGUGUCCCUGAGCGUUUGCAGUCGGCCGAGAAGAUUGGAUGCACGCCUAUUGACUUCUCAAAGGGUGAUGCUGUGGACCAAAUCAUCAAGUCGAAUGGUGGUGAAGUGGACCGUUCGGUGGACGCUGUAGGAUAUCAAGCCGUCGGCACUAGCGGCAACACAGAGCAGCCCAACAUCGUCUUGGAAAAUAUGAUCAAAGUCACAAGAGCCUGCGGAGGACUGGGUAUUCCAGGUCUCUAUGUCCCCAGUGAUCCUGGUGCCUCAGACUCCGCCUCGGCAAAGGGCAUGAUUAGCCUGAGCUUUGGCAAGCUCUUCGAGAAGGGCCUAUCUCUCGGCACCGGUCAAUGCAAUGUUAAAGCAUACAACAGGUACCUGCGCGAUUUGAUUAUCGCAGGCAAGGCCAAACCUAGCUUUGUUGUUUCUCAUGAGAUCAACAUUGAUGAUGCAGAGGUAGCUUAUGAGAAAUUCGAUAAAAGAAUCGAUGGAUACACAAAGGUUCUUAUCCAUCCCAACGGUGGGUUUUAA